CUCUUUGAAUGUGACUUGUUGGUUUUAGUGUGUCUCUCAUCAGCCAUUACAAAUAAUUCUGAUCCAUUUUUGUGUCUGUCACGCACAAGCAUUUUACACAGUAAUGGAAGAGAAGCAGAGGGAAACAGGCAGAGGGAGUCUAGUUUUUGCCGUCAACGGACAGAGGUUCGAGGUGUCGUCGAGAUUAGACCCUUCAACAACCUUGCUUGAGUUCUUGCGAACCAGGACAUCUUUCAAGAGUGUCAAGCUCGGUUGUGGCGAAGGUGGUUGUGGUGCUUGCAUUGUUCUACUCUCCAAGUAUGAUCCUGUGCGUGACCAAGUUGAGGAUUUCACAGUCAGUUCAUGUCUCACACUGCUUUGCAGUGUGAAUGGAUGUUCGGUUACAACAUCUGAAGGCCUUGGAAAUAGCAAAGAUGGAUUCCAUCCGAUUCACCAGAGAUUCAGUGGUUUCCAUGCUUCUCAAUGUGGCUUUUGUACUCCUGGAAUGUGUGUUUCACUCUUCGGAGCCCUUGUUAAAGCUGAAAAGAAUGACCUAAGGGAGCCUUCUCCAGGAUUCUCCAAGCUGACAGUCGUUGAAGCUGAAAAGGCUAUCUCAGGAAAUCUUUGUCGCUGUACUGGAUAUCGACCCAUUGCUGAUGCGUGUAAGAGUUUUGCGGCUGAUGUUGAUAUUGAAGAUUUGGGAUUAAACUCUUUUUGGAAGAAGGAAGAGAGUCGCGAAGCGAAGAUGAGUAGGCUACCUUUAUAUGACCAUAAUCAUGAGAUAUGCACUUUCCCUGAAUUUUUGAAAAGGGAAAUAAAAUCUUCCUUGCUUUUGGAUUCUGAAAGAUAUUCUUGGUGCACACCUGCUACUGUUGAGGAGCUUCAGAGCUUAUUAAAAAGCAUUGAUGCCGACUGCAAAACCAGGAUGAAACUAGUGGUUGGUAACACAGGUAUGGGUUAUUACAAGGACCUAGAGCACCAUGACAGGUACAUAGAUCUCGGAUGUGUUCUGGAGCUCUCGAGUAUUAGGAGGGAUGAAGAAGGAAUAGAAAUCGGGGCAGCUGUCACUAUUUCUAAAACUAUUGAAGCUCUGAAGGAAGAAAUUAACAGCGAGUUUAAUUCAGAAUGCAAGAUUGUGUUUAAAAGAAUUGCAUUGCACAUGGAGAAGAUUGCUUCUGAAUUUGUUCGAAAUACAGGCAGUGUAGGGGGGAAUUUGGUGAUGGCACAAAGGAAACAUUUUCCAUCAGAUAUUGCCACGAUACUGCUGGCAGCAGGUGCAUUUGUUCACAUUCUAACUGGUACCUUGCAUGAAAAGCUUACUUUAGAUGAGUUUCUGGAAAGGCCUCCAUUGGAUUCCAAAAGUGUGCUAUUAAAUAUUAAGAUUCCAAAUUAUGCAGCAUCCAAGAACAUAUCUUCUGAAAUGGACAGCAAGUUGUUAUUCGAAACUUAUCGUGCUGCACCGCGACCCCUUGGAAAUGCAUUGCCCUAUUUAAAUGCAGCUUUCUUGUCUGAAGUUUCCUGUUUGAAAUCUUCUGGUUCAGCCGUGUUAAAUAAAUGCCGGGUCGUUUUUGGUGCUUAUGGAACCAAACAUGCUAUCAGAGCAAAGGAAGUUGAGAAAUUUUUGUCUGGAAAAAUACUAACCAUUGGUGUUCUAUAUGAAGCUGUUAAACUGGUUAAAGCCAAUGUGGUUCCUGAAGAUGGCACGCCGAGUCCGGCCUACAGGUCAAGCUUAGCUGCUGGUUAUCUCUUUGACUUUCUCUACCCCUUGAUAGACAUUAACUCUAAAAUUUCUGGUGUUUGGUCGGAUGAAUAUUGUAAUACUUCAUUGUUCAAGGAUGCAAAAAUAAAACAGAAGUACAGCCAGCUUGAUCAUGUGCAAUUACCCACUUUGCUGUCAUCAUCAGAGCAGGUGCUUGAAUUAAACAAUGAUCAUCAUCCUGUUGGUCAGCCUACUAAGAAAGUUGGAGCCGCCCUUCAAGCUUCUGGGGAGGCUGUUUUUGUGGAUGACAUUCCCUCUCCUACAAAUUGUCUACAUGGAGCAUUCAUUCAUAGCAUGAAGCCUUAUGCAAGGGUCAAGGAUAUCAAAUUCAAGUCUAAAUUACUACCAGAUGGAGUUUCUGGGCUGAUUUCGGUCAGAGACAUUCCAGAAGGUGGGGAGAACAGAGGUUGUACGACUAGUUUUGGCACUGAAUCUUUGUUCGCAGAUGAGCUUACGCAGUAUGCUGGAGAGCGUCUUGCUUUUGUGGUUGCAGAUACACAGAAACAUGCUGAUAUAGCAUCCAGCCUUGUUGAAGUUGAUUAUGACAUUGAAAAUCUAGAACCACCCAUUUUAACUGUAGAAGAGGCCAUUAAGAGAUCUAGCCUUCUCGAGGUUCCUCUUCUCCUCUACCCCAAACAAGUUGGUGAUAUAUCAAAAGGAUUGGCUGAGGCUGAUCACAAGAUUCUCUCUGCCAAGAUAAAACUCGGUUCACAGUACCAUUUCUAUAUGGAGACUCAAACUGCCCUUGCGAUUCCUGAUGAAAACAACUGCAUGGUGGUUUACAGUUCAACCCAGUGUCCCGAAUAUGCACAUGUUAACAUUGCAAAAUGUCUUGGUAUUCCUGAGCAUAAUGUGCGUGUGAUUACAAGGAGAGUCGGAGGAGGCUUUGGUGGAAAGGCCAUGAAAGCAAUUCCUGUUGCUACAGCAUGUGCUCUUGCAGCGCACAAGUUUCGUCGCCCUGUGAGAACGUAUUUGAAUCGCAAGACCGAUAUGAUAAUGGCAGGAGGAAGGCAUCCCAUGGAAAUAACUUAUAAUGUAGGAUUUAAAUCAAAUGGGAAAGUUACAGCCUUACAGCUUGAUAUAUUAAUCAAUGCUGGAAUAUCUUUCGAUAUAAGUCCAGUGAUGCCAGAAACCAUUCUGAGUGGGCUAAAAAAGUAUGACUGGGGUGCUUUAUCUUUUGAUAUAAAGGUAUGCAAAACAAAUCAUUCAAGUAAAACAGCAAUGCGAGCCCCUGGGGAGGUACAAGGAUCAUACAUUGCAGAAACCGUAAUCGAACAUGUAGCGUCUACCCUUUCCAUGGAUGUGGAUUCUGUGAGAAACAUAAAUUUUCACAGAUAUGAUAGCCUUAAAUUAUUCUAUGAUGUUGCCUCAGGUGAUUCUGUAGAGUAUACUCUAACAUCAAUAUGGAAUAAGUUAGCAGAAUCUUCAAGCUUCAAACAAAGGGUUGAAAUAAUAAAGGAGUUCAAUAGGUGUAAGGUGUGGAAGAAAAGAGGUAUUUCUCGAGUGCCUAUUGUGCAUCAAGUGUUCGUGGGACCAACUCCGGGGAAAGUAAGCAUUCUAAGUGAUGGGUCGGUUGUUGUUGAAGUCGGCGGAAUAGAGUUGGGUCAAGGGCUCUGGACAAAGGUAAAACAAAUGGCUGCAUUUGCUCUCAGCUCAAUCAAAUGUGACGGGGUAGAAAAUCUUCUGGACAAAGUAAGGGUAAUACAAGCUGAUACUCUGAGUUUAACUCAAGGAGGAAUGACUGCAGGGAGCACCACAUCAGAGUCAAGCUGUGAAUCAGUUAGACUUUGCUGUGCAGUCUUGGUUGAGAGACUGGGACCUCUAAAGGAAACGUUGCAGGGGCAAAUGGGUUCCGUAACAUGGGAUGCGCUCAUUUGCAAGGCAUAUAUGGAAUCACUGAAUUUAUCAGCAUCUUCACGUUACAUCCCUGACUUUACUUCGAUGCACUACUUAAACUAUGGCGCUGCAGUAAGUGAGGUAGAGGUAAACCUUCUGACAGGGGAAACAACUAUUUUGAGAUCAGAUAUUAUAUACGAUUGUGGACAAAGUCUCAACCCUGCGGUGGAUUUAGGACAGAUUGAAGGAGCCUUUGUCCAAGGGAUUGGUUUUUUUAUGCUUGAAGAGUACACGACGAAUUCUGAUGGACUAGUGGUUGCAGACAGCACAUGGACAUAUAAGAUCCCUACAAUAGACACCAUACCAAAACAAUUCAAUGUGGAAAUACACAACAGUGGACAUCACCAGAAACGUGUUCUCUCUUCAAAAGCUUCCGGGGAGCCACCGCUACUCCUUGCAGCAUCAGUUCACUGUGCUGCAAGAGCAGCUAUAGGAGAUGCUAGACAACAGCUUCAUUCAUGGGGUUGCAUGGAUGAGUCUUACUCAACAUUCAACUUGGAGGUCCCUGCCACCAUGCCUAAGGUGAAGGAACUUUGUGGGCUGGACAACGUGGAAAGGUACUUAGGGUGGAAAAUGGGUAGAAAGUGAACUUCUUCAAGAUUGGGCUGCGUAAUUUGUGGGAAAUGCUGUUGUUUUUAAGCCACGCAAAAAAAAAUCAAAUGGCCAGAGAGGUCGGUCAUCUAACAACAUAAAGAAACAUAAAACAUUACAUUACUGCUAGUACUUGCACACAGCACAUUAUAUUGUUGCAGUUGGAGAUGUUCUAACUUAUGAUGGUGGGGGUGUUUGAGAAUAUAGUAGUAAUUAUUUUUAA